AUGCGGAACUGUUUGAGAUCUUUUACACCGGGAGGGGGUGGGUUGAAACGCAGCCUGGCCCAAUUGUCAGAGGAGAGGGACUUCGGGCCGGCGUGCGGGCACCGCCGGCGGACCUGGGCUUCCCAGGCAGACAAAGGGGUCUUUAGGAGCCUAGGUGACGAACCGGCGCGUGGGGGCCCAUCCCCGGGCGCCACGGAAGGGAGCGGGCGCGGCGGCCCGGGGCCCGCGGGUUCCGUCGCACCCUUUCCGGGCGGUGCUGCGCUCUCUUUACAGCUCCGAGAACGCGCGCGGGGGGCGCCCACGCUAACCGAACAGGAAGAGAGAGAUGGUGAGCUGUGUCUGAGUCGAUCACUUGUCAAUAGUUCUGAUAAAGUCAUUCGAAAGGCUGGCUCUUCAAUCUUCCAGCACUCUGUAGAAGGUUGGAAAAUCAAUUCCUCUUUGGUUCUGGAGAUAAGGAAGAACAUUCUUCGUUUCCUAGACGCAGAACGGGAUGUUUCAGUGGUCAAGAGCAGUUUUAAGCCUGGUGAUGUCAUUCACUAUGUGCUGGACAGGCGCCGGACACUAAAUAUUUCUCAGGAUCUGCAUAGUCUACUACCUGAAGUUUCACCAAUGAAAAAUCGCAGAUUUAAGAGUUGUGCAGUUGUUGGAAAUUCUGGUAUUCUGCUAGACAGCGAAUGUGGGAAGGAGAUUGACAGUCACAAUUUUGUAAUAAGGUGCAAUCUAGCUCCUGUGGUGGAGUUUGCUGCAGAUGUGGGAACUAAAUCAGAUUUCAUUACCAUGAAUCCAUCAGUUGUACAAAGAGCAUUUGGAGGCUUUCGGAAUGAGAGUGACAGAGAAAAAUUUGUGCAUAGACUUUCCAUGUUGAAUGAUAGUGUCCUUUGGAUCCCUGCUUUCAUGGUCAAAGGAGGAGAGAAGCACGUGGAGUGGGUUAACGCAUUAAUCCUUAAGAAUAAACUGAAAGUGCGAACUGCCUAUCCAUCAUUGAGGCUUAUUCAUGCUGUCAGAGGUUACUGGCUGACAAACAAAGUUCCCAUCAAAAGACCCAGCACAGGUCUCCUCAUGUAUACACUUGCCACAAGAUUCUGUGAUGAAAUUCACCUGUAUGGAUUCUGGCCAUUCCCUAAGGAUUUGAAUGGAAAAGCUGUCAAAUAUCAUUACUAUGAUGACUUAAAAUAUAGGUACUUUUCCAAUGCAAGCCCUCACAGAAUGCCAUUAGAAUUCAAAACAUUAAAUGUGCUACAUAACAGAGGAGCUCUGAAAUUGACAACAGGGAAGUGUGUAAAGCAAUAAGCACAUUUGGAAACAUACAAACAAUAUGCACUUCUCUUCUGAAGAUGCUUCCUAAGAUUUGAAAAUAGGAUCCAAAACAAGAUUGGGUUUCAACAUCCGCCAAUUAUCUGAAAGGUGAUAAAGGAUAUUCAUGAGAAAUCCACUACCAGCUGAUGAAAUACCUGCAAAGUGCUCUAAAAAAGAAAUAUUUUGACUUCAAGGGUCCUAGUAAGUGCCACUUCCACUAAGAACACAGUCUGAAUGUAUAAUCUGUAGUGUUUACAAGAUCCAACGACGCACUCGUCAUUAGUUAGAGAAGCAAAUCUGUUCGUCACUGUUCGGCUGUCACUGCAACGUCAAGCACAUGAGAAGAGCAACCCAGGAACACAGCUCAGCCCUUGGGGAAAUUAAACCAUCCUUGUCAGCAGAAAUCAAGAUGGAAACAGUUUGAGCAGUGAAAUCCACAAGGUUAAACAACUCAAGUAAAUGCCUUCAGUCAGGACUCUUAAUCUGAUCAUGAAUUUCAUGUUUCCGUAUCUGCUUUUGUUUGUCUUCUGGGAUAUCUUUUUUGGUUUGGGUUUUGGGGUGCUUAGAAAUUCUUUCUGAGAUAAACACAAAAGAGAUAAAUAACUGUCAAGUAAUCAUUUUUAAAGUUCUUGUAUUUUGUAAGAACAAUCACACAAUGACUUUGUAAAAAGAUGUUAUUUUGCACAGCUCUAAACCUUCAGAUCUUUUUCUAGUUGUGUAGAAGGUACCAGCUAAAUUGUACCACUCGGUAAUCUUGAACCAUUCUGAAGGAAAGAUGUUUUAUGUCAUCUGACAUGGUAACAGCAGAAAAAAAAAAGUACUUUUGUACCAAAGAUUAUACUGAUGUUCUACACAGCAAAUCAUUCUCCUUUCAUGAAAAUAAUGUAUUAAUACAUUAUUACCCUACUCAUGUGAAAGGUAUGUAGAUAUUUUCAAUUCUCCCAACUCAAACUUUUCUUUAUUUGAAGGAAGACUUCCACAGAUUUUACAUUUCAUAAUAAUUUUGUGGAAGACUUUGCCCCAAAUAAAUGUUAGACUGACAGGGCUGAAAUGUGAUUUCCAAUUUUUUUAUUUUUCCCUUAUUAUUCAAAUGGAGAGAUGGGUAUGCUCUUUUUAGCAUUAUUAAAUUUUCUUAGUGCAAAAACAACAAUAAUGUUGUCUCCAUAAUAGAUGAUUAAUUUAAGAGGUUAACAAUGAAACUGUGUGUCAGUAUUUUGUACUUUAAAUGAAUUCAGUUGACCAAUUUUUUCUGUGGUUAAAUUUAUGCAUGUUAUCACAUUAAUGUGUUUUAAAAGAAGCACAUGAGAUUAGUAAUAAAGUGAUUUUAACAUAUAACAGAAUUGAACAGGAGGCCAGUUUCUGGUAAUUUAUAGUACCAGGUGUAGUAGUAGUAUAAUUCUGGUAGAUAAUUCUGAUGGUAAAUUGUUUCUUUAGAAAGCAGAAGUGCUAUAUUCCCACUUCUACUCUUGGCCUGACACAGCUUAGAUGACUUCUUGUUUCUUAGGGAAGCCGGUCUGGAAAGAAGAAAUAGCACGGCAAAUGCAUGUGUUUUAUUUCUUAGGGAAUACAGGCUGAAAAGAGCAUAAACAGCAUGGAGAAUAUAAAUAUGUUAUCAUGGAGGAUAGUCACAGUAGUACAAUUCUCAAUAUAUUAAUAAUAUGUGCUAUUAUUUUAAAAAAUAUGGUAAAACCUUGGGAUACAGAACACUAUAUUUUCUGAGAAUUCAUGUGUCUCUAAGAAAACAAAAUUGAAUGCAUAAAGGAGAUGCAUAGCUGAAAAUGGAUAGGACAUGAUGCACUUUUAUCAUUAACCUCUUGUCUUUUGGAAUUUUUGCAAGAAUUAGGUACAUUUUGAAUACAAAGUUAAAAAGUCUGAUUUAUCUAACAGAUCAAAAGUAGGUGAUUUAUAGAACCUUAAUUUCAACUGUUUAUGGAUAUGUUGUCUGAGUAGCCUUUUAUUUGAAUUCAAUAGAAAUUUUGAAGUCAAAAGUAAAUUCUCACAAGUAAAAUCCAUCUCAGAAUUAAAAGUAUGUCUUAAAAAAGCAUCCAGGUACCUUGCCAUUUUUCUCCAUUUUCAACAAAUGUAUUUAAAUGAUUCUGGGCCACAGCAAAGCAUCCCAGCCAUUCACUGUUCCGUACAUUGGUGUUUAUCUCAUAGAUGCAUUGAGUGGUGCCUUUUUAACUUCACAUUGCUUUGUUACCCUGUGCUUUGUGUUCUCUAAAAUACGUUGCCCAAUUCUGAAAAUGCUCAGCAUAUAAAAAGGGCUUUAGUAUCGACUGAGACUACUUUUGUUCAUCUCAGGGAACUUUCAAUACUCAAGAAUGAAUUCAAUUAAAGGCAUUUAGUGUUCAAGGAAGACACACUGUACAUGACUAUUUCAUUCCCUAUUGUAUACCUUUCCAUCUACCUUCCUGUUUCACAAGCUACUGUGGCCUUCUUACAGGGAUAGGGCAAAGAGCUCAGAGAAGGCUAAUAGCAAGAAUACAAAAGAAUCGAGAUUUAAUCAAUAAGGAGCAAAAGGGAUCAUGAUAAAAUCACAUUUUAAAUACAUACUUGAAAUAUCUGGGGUUUUUCCUUUUGAGACUAUCAUAUGUUCACAGCUUUAAUUUUUUAUUUCUUUUUCAUGAGUUAACCCUGUACCUGGCAGUGCUCAGGCAGUGAUUGUGAAACAUUCCUGUCCUUCAGAGAACAUGGUUGUUACUGUGCUGUUGAUGUGAAUAGGCCAUGGAAACAUUUUCAUCACUAUGACCCAGCCUGUUCUAUACUCAACAUUAAGUUGCUGGAAUAAGAAAAAUGAAUCAGUAACAGAGUUUCUGGGCAAAUUUAGUGAUUCAGCCCACAGGAUUGACAAAAUAACUGUGGAAGUUUUUCUAUCUGAAAGAAGAUGCUGGGCAUUCAAAUGUAUUUAUGUAUUGUAUAUCAUAUGAAAUGUAUAUCAAUUGUUAAUGGGAAUUUCUAUGCUUACAGAAGCAAUUUAUUUAAAUAAUGCUAUGAGUAGUGUACAUACCAACUAGUUAUUAAGCUACUACACAGGAGAAGGGUGAACAAAGUAAUUUAUUUCUAAUUGAACCAGUUAGUCAUAAUGCACACCAUGUGGUAUUUGGUUCAUAAGAGUUGUUUUUAUGUGGCUAUUGUUGGAAAUAUCUAUAAUUGUGGAAAGGGUGUAGGAAGAGUAAUGUAUAGUUAGUUGUUACCUCUACAAGCUUGAAAGUUCCCCAUGAGACAUCAUCAAUAUACCAAUGUUUUAAAAAGUGAGUGAGAGAUGGUUACUGUUUGUAUUUGAUAAGAGAAAAUCCAAAUAAAGCCCACCUAGAAAUAGAUAUUUUAUAUGUGCUAUAGAUAUAUCUAUAUAGUACAAAUAGACCUGUGUGAUGCAUAUAUACCAUGUUAUAUAUGUGUGUCUGUGUGUAUACACACUGAGUCUGUAAUAUACACACGCUAGGUUUGUGUUAUGCUGACAUCUUCAGGGGCUGCACCAUGAAGCACUCCGGAGAUAAGUCCUCUUUAGAAUAAAGAAGUUUUUUUGAGACUUCAGUUACUAACCUGCUUUAAGAGGGAUCUACUUUAUAACUGAAUUCUAAGUUGUUCAUACCUAGAGUUACAAUAAGGGUCUUGUAUGUCCAAAUCUUAAGAAAAGAAAAAUUUUAAAAAUUAAAAAUAAAAAAAUAUAUAUUUCAAGCUAACAAUGUAUUUGAAUUGCAGUUUUCAGAUUGUGGCUCCAGGCCCUGUGUCUCUUACUUAAGUAGCACCUUUUAAUAAAUACUGUUUCUUUGUGUAGGCAAAAGCACAAGUGUUUCAAAUGUAUAUAGCAGGAAACAAAUGAGUUUACAAAGAUAGCAUUGCUGCACAGGAUAAUUGCUACUGAAUAGUUCUUAUAUCAUUUGUGAAUUUGAAAGACGCGGUUUAUUCUGACAAAUUUAUUCUGUUCAACACUGUUUCCCUAUUGUUUAUGUAUAGCAAUUGGGUGUUAUUGUUUUAGCCUUUGUAAGAUUAUAAAAUAAAUUAAAUCCCUUUUUUUCCAAUUUU